UAUUCUUAGCCACUCUGGCUCAGUCUCCUUCAGUUGCUUGGUCUUGACGCCAGUUGAGUGUCCUUGAUCUGUUUCUGGCUCCUCGCUAAGUGUGUUGUGCUGCAAAUAUUUCGGGUUAUCUCUCCUGUGCGGUGAGCCGGAUGGAUCAGGACAGUGGGGAAGAGUGUGCCGCCAGCGUUGACGAACCGCCCAAUAUACCACGUGUGGACGUUGUGUAUCUCACCUACAACUGCAAGAGAAUCCGACCGACGAUCGCACUGGACAACGUUUGUACAGUCAGUUUGUACGAACUGAAGAAGCACCGUUACAUGAAAAGAAAUCAAAAGACUGAGAUGAGCGCUGAAGCAUAUCAGCACUGCAGAUGGUACAACACAGUAUUAUCCAAUCUGUUGAAGGAGAAAGGCGGACCAGUGUUGCUGAAGGUUUUCCACUGGUACAUCGAAUCAUCCAACGUGGAUGCUUUCAAGGUGGAAAAUACGCUGUACGAGGCGGUUUCUCUGAUCAUUGCUGCCCACGUGGAACACUGGUACUGUGCAAAGAGGGGCCAUAGUGUGUACGGUAGUCGGUUGCGGCUGGGGAGCGAAAAGUUGGGCGCGGAUUCUACGGAACGAAAUAAAGCCAGGAUAGCCGAUUGUCUGGUCGCACCGGACACAAGCCUGAUGGCUAAGGUAGUCGAUAAAAAGCUAAAUCGUCGCACCAGGCAGCUUUCGCUCUGUACGAUCAACGAAGAGUAACUAAACUGGUUGUGAUUCAUAAUCAAUAUUUUAUUCAACAUUCUGUACCUUCAGACAUUGUAACACUUUUUUAUAUUAAUGUUGCAUAAAUAAUUUAUGUAUCUGAUUUUAAACGUUAA